AUGAAGACCGAGGCAGCCAUCCUGGCAAGCUCAGUAAUCGCAUUGGUGGCCGUACUGGCAGCGUCGUCGACGAUAGCCGCACCUAUGGAGAAGCGACUGAUGAUGGCAUUGUCUCUGCAAGCAUCGCCAACCGUCGCAGAGAUCGACCUAGGCGGGCUCUUGCCGACACCCACUGUCCCGCCUAUCGCCGGCGAGAUCGCGAACAUCUUUACCUCGGUCGCUGACGGCGUGACCGGUCUGAUCCCGACGACGAUCCCGUCGCCGACCCUGCCCGACCUGCUCCCUGAUCUCACCGUGUCUGUCGCCAUCGCAGCGCCGACCGCGCCUCCGGAAGCUCAAGUGCUCGGCCUUCUCGCCCAAAAAGCGCUCAACGCGGUCCCCACCCUGCUCAUCCAAAACCUCGUGCAAAUCCAGAGCGAGUUCAGUGCGGCUCUCGCAUCCAUUGCUACUGCUACUCCGACACCUCUUGUCUACGUCGCUACUGAGAACGGCGCCGAGGUCACUCGCACAUCGACCCCAACGCUGCCCUCAUUCGCCGCAAAUGGCGUAAUCAACCCUCUCUCAGUGCUUGCCAAUGCCUUGCCUCGACCAACAGAUUUCGUGCAGGAGGUGACGUCGGUGAUCGGAGGUGUAACGAGUGUGCUCCAGCUGCCAGCGCUACCACUACCUACGGAUCUGAUACCGCUGCUCGGGACUAUGCAGCUGCCCCAGCUCGACGUGCCCGGAUUAUUGGGCGACAAGCAGCACCUCUGUGUCAAGGAUGGGAACGGUCAUCAGCUCGGACUGUGCGAGAAUGGACCCAUCAUCAACGAUAGCGAGGUCAUCGCCAUCUGA